AUGUUCUUUGGAUUUUUGGGUCUUACUGGAUUAGCUCUUCUUGUCCUUUAGUUAUUUAGUCAAGAAAUAAUGAAUUUACCUACGGGAAUUGGUGAAGGCUCACUCUAGCUUUGGCUCGAUUAAUAGCUGAGCAUCAAAGGAUGGACUGAUGUAGGAACUAAUGGUCUUCCACAGUUCAAAGGAUUCUCUUAUGUUUACUUGCCACCUUUUGAAGUGUUAUAUGGCAGAGUUCAUGACUACACAUCAUAAGUAUUUUUAAAGACAGUAUACAAGUACAGCUUUGCUUCAGGUGAGUGGACUCCGAUUCCUCAAGCUGAUUAAGUUUAUGAUGCUAAGUUUGACUAACUUGGUAGAAUGUAUAUCUUAGACUAGAACUGGACUUUGAGAAGAGUUGAAAAUAACUCUACUGUAGUACUAAGAGAAUACGUAUCUGACUUUGGAAUAUCUGUGACGGGAAAGCUAUAUAUGACUGUCUUUGCACUUGAUAAGGGGGAGCAGUAUGACAAAUGGAUAUAAAAUGAGAAGUAAAGUUAUUAGUAUAAAGUCUUUGAGAAUGGCAAAUUUGAAACCAUUGAAUUCAUGAAUGAUGAGCCUCUAUUGGUUGAUAAAAAUGAAACAUUAAUGGGAAGUUAUGGAGGGUUCUGUGUAAAGGAUAUUAGUGUCGGUGCUGAUAGAAGUCUUUGGGCUCUGAAUUGCAACAAAAAGCCAGGAGAGUUGAAUGAUUAUUACUUCUAACUAAUCAAAUGGGAUCCCUUAUUCCAGGAAUGGUAUGAAUUGGAUGGGAUCUAUGGGUAUAAAAUCGCAGCUUUCAAUGAGAUGUCCAUCGCUGUACUUGAUCUAAUGGGCAAAAUAAGAAUAUCAACUGACGGAUUUCUUCAAUAAAAAUUAAAACUAUUCAAGAAAGUAUCAGAUAAUAGCAAAUUGGAAGAGGAAUAGAAAUAGGAAAAUUCAACAAAAUUAUGCAGUGACAGUAAAAUACUCAAAGGGAAUGGGCUUGACUUUAUUAAAUCAAAUCUUGAUAAGAAGUAUAAGAACUCCUUCAUAUGCUAUAGUGCAACAAGAGAUGGAUUCAAUAAUAGCAUCUUCCAUUAAUAUUGUGAUGAGAAGGGACCUUCAUUACUCCUAAUUAAAACAACUAAUGGUAAAAUCUUUGGUGGCUAUACCUCGAUCUCUUGGACUCCAUAAGGAUUUUAUGAAAAAGAUGGCAACUCUUUCAUCUUCUCAAUUGACAAGAAGGCUAUCCUAAAGGUUUAGCCCUCUAAAGUUGAAAAUGCAAUUUUCAGCUAUCAGAAGCAAGGACCUUAAUUUGGCUAAAUGGACAUCUACCUCAAUUUAGAUGAAAAGAUUUACAUGAGUAAUUUGGGAAGCACCUAUGAGCUUCUAGACUCUAACAAGCCUUAGGAUAAGAAAGCUUAGGAAUAUCUUGCAGGAAGUUUAGUGUUUUAAGUUUCUGAGAUUGAAGUCCAUAUUCUUAAGACAGAUUGA